AUGGUCAACCACCUCAACUCGUUCAGAUACGUAGAGAUGGAUGGGGAGUUCAUUGAGACCCCAUUUCAACACUUUGAAGAAGUUCCUCAGACACUAGCAUCAGCUGAGACUAUGGUUGAAGAUUCCCCUAUGAAGAUGGCUUCCUUAAAGGAUGCCCGGGCUGUUAUUGAGAAGGGUGAGUGCGCAAAUUGGGGCCGACUUCCUGAUUUCACUCAGAAGACUAACAAGUUUGGUUUGGGUUUCACGGCAGAAGCUCAAAGGGUUGUUCGAAGUGCAAGGAUUGGAAGACCUCUCGUGUUCAUCAACAACUCUGGAGUAAAUGCCAUUGAGGAUAAUGUGGAGGAGUCUGAAUUCGACAGCUGGAUCUAUCCUACGACCAACGACAAUAUUGUGAAACUUCAUGGCCCGGUGUCUUACCCGGGGCACCGUGGCUUCAUUUGUGAGGGCUUUUGUGUGUCAUUUUCAUAUAUCAUUAAUAAAAGCAUUGGACGUUCUUGCAUUUCAAAUUUUGUGCUCCUUGUCUUUCUUUAUUAUAUAUUGCAAAACAGCUAUUUUACACACACUCACAUAUAUAGGUCUCAAUCCACUCUGGAUCUCACUGGUAACGACUCUGCUACUGCCAGUUAUGACUUCGAAAAUCCGAUCAACUUAGCCGAAGACAAAGGUGAAGACGAUUGUGAAGUGCCAGGCGAGCUUGCAAGACUACUACUCCAGGAAGAGAGGGCCAUUCAGCCACAUGAAGAGCCGGUGGAAAUGGUGAAUCUGAGUACUGAAAUAGACAAGAAGGAAGUCAAGAUCAGUGCAAAUCUGUAG